GGCUUCGUCAUCGCGAGCUAUGAUUGGUGGAACGUCGCAGUUGGAGCUCAUGGAGAAAAUAUGAUGAGGUCAUCUACUGCUACUUCCUCGUCGAGUUGCACGAGUAAGGAGGUUUUACCUGCUGUGGAACAAAAACAACCAAGUUCGUCUUCCUCAAGCUCCUCAACAGCAUCAACACUACCACUAGGAGACAAUAGUACGAUAGCCAUGUUCAGUGCGUUAACGCGGCGUCGCUUGUUGAAGAAAGAUGUCGAACACCUAGGACCUGUCGCGGAUUAUUUGGCUGCUAUCGCAGAUACAGGUACUUCUACAAGUUCGACGAAUUCAAUUUCCACCACCUCCAAUUCUCCUUCCGAUAGUUCAUCUAGUGCAAAGGAUCGCGCUGUAGGAGUCACGCUAGUGGAUUCUAAAAAGGGAGGUGAACAAGAUCUCGCAACUACAGCAUCUAGCAACGCAUCAAGGCAGCUACUGCAUCGAACGCCCCUACUUUUGACUGCGAUGGUACAGCAUUUACGGAGCAAAAGUGUGAAGACGAACAAGAAAGGCAGGAUUGCAGGGACUCUACCAGUCGUUUGUGAAGAUCCUGGGACUCAAGAGCAACUUCUAUACUGUCAAAAUUUCGGCUACAACCUAGGGACAGUUGCAAAAUUGUAUCAGCAAAAAGCAGAAGAUCAUGAGGGUCAGCUACAAGAAAAGCAGGCAACCGAACAACAACAUGGGGAACAACGGCAAGGAGAACAAGUAGGAGCUGACCCACUUUGCCAACAAGACGGAGGUCCUUCGUCGCGCUGCGGAGUUCCUGGUGCAAGUACCAUUAGUAGUACUAGUUCUACUAAAGGUACUCUCAGCGGUACAUUUAGCAUCGCCAGAGGACAUCAGAUUUAUUGUACAGAAAGGGCGUCCUGGUUCGGCGCGUGCUUGCUAGCCGGCCUUUACGAAACGGAGUUACAAAGCGCAGCAAAAGUGGCCAAAUUUCAAAAGCAUAUGGUUGAUCAUUCAUGUACUCCUACUCCACCUACUAAGAAGAUAAGAAAAGUUGACAAAAACGUUGACCAUGACCCCACCUCGUCCUUGUCGUCCUCCUCCCACCCGUCGUCCACCCUGGAAUCUGUUAUAGCAGUCCAGUGUUGUAGAGCCUUAGAAGAAAUCCCAAUGUGGGUUUCAGCUUCUGAGUGGAAUUUAAGAGGCGUAGAUGCGAUAUUUGCUAAAUGUCCAUGAGAAUACCGUCUUCUUUCGCAUCCAACUGAAAACUACAAGAAGAGCAUAUCCUGCGGCCUUGACACAAGACAUGUUGAUCAAUCCCCUUCCACCUCACAAGUUGUAGACGCUCAUCACAUAUUCAUCAUCGCUCCCACUUCUUGUUCUUGCGCAUUAAUGUUGAUCCUUGAAUCAUCAGCUCAACCCCGAGAAUGGGUACAUCAAUCAAUCAAUCAAUCAAUCAAUCAAUCAAGCUCCACACUGUAUGCACGCCCACAUCACUGUCAGCACCACGCAUGGAAC